UAUUCUGUUCCUACCUAUGCAUUGUGAGAUAUUAACCGCAUAUUUUUGCCUAAUGUUAAUUCUUUAGACAUAACAGUCCAAUAAAAAAUAUGUUCGGAAAAUGUUGUUGUGAGAGAGUGCCUCAGAUGACGCUCGAUAUUACCGCAACCUUUACACCUUUGAUACUGGCAGUUGCAAAUUGUAAAAUCAUUCUCCAAGACCCGUACGAUAAAAGAAUCUUACGUGGCGGCUUAUUAUUAAUUUCAUUGUACUCUAUUGAUAAACAAUUGAAUCGAUUUUAUACCUACUCAAUAUAAAUUGAAGGGCUGCGUGUAAAUCAAUUAUUCAAUGACAGGCACGUAUUCUGUCUGUCGUACUGCUACAUUAUUACCUACAACGGACAAAUAAUCUAGAGUUAGUUAGUUAUGAUUUACAUUCAAAUAAAAUUUCAUUCUUUUUUCAUUAAUGUAAUAUAAUACUUUUAUUACAUUACUUUGCUCAUAAACUUAUUCUCUUAAAGUCUUAUUGUUUUAUUUAAGACUGCGGUUACCAACUCUAGAAGAACUUCCGGAAAUGUGUAUGCAACAAAGAGAAAAAAUAGCUGUAGCAUUUCACGGUGAUAUUCCGGUAAAAAAAUUGAAAGGAAAGAAUGCUUUCGUUGAACUUCCAAAAUACUCAGCAAGAUACGAGUUUGUUUCAGAUUAUGGAUUUGAGAAUUUUAGAAAGGAAUUAAGGUUCAAGCCUGAGUAUGUAACUGAAGCUUAUACCAAUUUGAAGUCAUUAAAAAGCAGUUACUACAAAGAAUACGAUGACGUUGUUUUUGUUGGAAUGCACUACAGAGGAACAGAUUUUAUACCUCAUAUAAAAGAUUAUCUUCACGAUAAGUUUGAGGGACCACCGACCUACGAGUAUUACAACAAGGCGAUGUCGUUUUUUCAAGAAAAAUAUGAGAAAAUAAUUUUCGUAUUAAUAACGAUAGACAAAGACUGGUUAGACAAAAACAGAAUAGGUUUUAAAAAAGAUGUGAAUCUUGCAAUAAAUCCUUUCCAAUCGGAAAAAAUAAAGGACUUCGUCCUUCUUUCUCAUUGUAAUCACUCCAUUAUUUCUUUCGGAUCGUACUCUUCAACUGCGGCUUUGUUUGCCGGGGGUACAACGUUUGUGUACGACCUGGGGGUGCCUUUGAACAUGCCAGCACCCAUUCUCGCGAUGGGACUUGCAUCCAGGAUGCCUAAUUGGCACCUUCUUAAAUAAAAAUAGUACACUAUUACUUUUGUAUUAUCUCAGGGAGGCGUAUGAUAGCUUAGCUAAUUAAUUUAAAGAUAUUGCAGACGGAGUUAUUGGUAAUCAAUACCUCAUGAGCCUUCCCGUAUGCCAGAGGCGGACUUUAUUACGUUUCCAUUGAACAAUACGAAAACAUGACUGUGCCUCGCCAUACAGCGUGUUUCUAAAAUAAAUAGCAAGCGUUGGAGGGUGUUAACUAGAUGCAAUGGGGAUUGCAUGAUGAGUAAAGCAACAUGGUUAAAGGACACAAAAAGUUGUAAGAAAACUGGAAGAAAUUGCAAUUCGAAACCGGCCCUGUGCGUGAGUUGACAACGUACAGUGAAUGUGCGGUUACAAUUAAGCAGUUACAUCGAUGGAGAAUGUAAACAGUGACGGUUGUGGAACGACUAAGAAAGUAAAUGUCAACAUCUUACUAUUAUGCUACUACACAUGAUAAUGUUUAGACGCCCAUUAUGUUAAAAAUUAAUAAAAUAACUAUAUUUUGUUCAUCGCUGAUAGGAUGCAGUUUCAGCAUGACAUUAAGAACCUAAUAGAAAGAAAAACAUAAACGUUGCGUAAACAUUAAUAUGUAACUUAAUAUCCUCUAGAUAGGUAGAAUAAUUGUAAUUUUAUUAAUUGUAAGGUAUAUUUCCAAACCACUUUUGAGUUAAAAUGUGUUAUUUUUGUUUUAUGGGUGGCCCGCUACUAACCCUAUCCUCUACUUACAAAAAAUUAAUUACAACACCAGUAAACAUACCCGCAUACGCUCGUACACAACAAAACAAUUUUUUGAAAAUUUGAAUCGAGAACUAAAAGAAUUCGAGGCGUCUACCAAAAUUAUUUUUGAGUCGCGCGAAAACAUCCGUCACGUUGGUUUAUUUUAUUUAAAGCGAUCGUCGUGUGUAGUCGUGCAAGUCAUUAGCGUUCUGUACUGGUUUUUGAUACACGGGCUGUUUUAUGCAACCCCGUACAAAAUAGUAAAGUGGAUUUAGAUCCGAACUACGUACCCUCUGAGCUACAAGACCCGUACGUUCAAUCUAGCGUCUAAGAAAUUGUUUUAGAAAAUACUAUUCUGCACUGACCUCUGACAUUGAUACACUGACCUACUGCCAAUGACUUCGACUUACUACAUACAUACAAGCCUACAACGUUUAAAGAACAAAGAACUACUUUAGCAACUUAAACAUCGUCAAUCUAACAAAUAACAAAGAAUGCAUGAGUCAAAAAUACAACACGGAUGCUGCUAAUUACCAACCGAUUGAAUGUGGCGUUGCGUUGUCGUAAUUCUAUGCGUGAUGCUAUAAGGGCCGGACUGGUCCUUGUUUUUACUUUCAAAUUCGUUUUUCUCUAAAAUGGUGAACUUUUUUUGUACCACCAAGCAUUUACUUAGUUUUCUUAUUUUAAAGUGCUUUGUCACUUCCUUUAGGCCUGCUACUUAUUACAGAAACACCCUGUACAACAAGGGAUGGACUGUAAAUAAGUUUUAAGUGAUAAAAAUUGGUGGAUAUUAAUAAACGGGUAGAAUUCUGCCAUUACACAACAUCUAAGGUCAAGAUUGAUGAUAUUCUGAAAUUCUAACAUCUGACCUAAUUGAGAUAUUUUCGGCAGUUUCGGCGAUUCUAUUAUUCUGGUGUGAAUUCUUUUCCUGAUUUUUCACUUGUUUGCGACUCUUCAUUUACUUAAGUAUUAAUUCACUAUCAGUAAAGUUUAUUUAAACUAGAUAAUUAUUUAUUGUUGUAAUUGACUAGUGCAUUGGCAUUCUUUGUGACCUUGUUUACAGAUAAGAAACAUUAUUACAAUUUCCAACAGUAUUUUUUGUCACUGAAGUUUUAAUUCUUCAUUCAUUUCUGCAGUACUGUUAUUACAAUUGUGAAAAUAAGUAAAUAUUAAAACAAUGUGUACAAAGAAUGUAAUAGCGGAAUUUAGACCAGGAACGUAAUAAGGAGUUAAUUGAGUUUAUUGAACAACAUCCAUCAUUUAGCGGUUCAUCUGACGCAGACUAACGUAUUUUGAUAGAUUAAACGUAGAUAAUAAAGGCAAUGAUUAUUUAGACGCCGAAGUUCAAAACUCUUUCGCAAAAUUUGAAACUGUGUGUCAAACUGAAAAGGUACUUUUUAACAUACAAUGUUAACUGGACGAAAGCAAUCCAAAAGGGGAUGUGCGACCGAUAUUCAUAGUGAAGUUACUGUGGGAGAUAUCAAUUUAUUAAAAUUAGAGAAGAAAGAGGAACAUAAUCCACAAUUAUCAAGCCAUAAAGAAUAAGAACAAAAUAAAGGAAUAUAAAAAUAAACAUUAAAUAUUUCUAAUAUUUCGAUGAAUAUGCCCGUA